UUGAAAGAAAAACUUGUUGGCGACCACGCAUUAAACAUGACGUGCUUCGUGGCUCGUAUAAAAGAGGUUGUCAGCGCUUGACCCAACAUCACAACCACUUGACCCACAGAGCGAGCGAGAGUCGCAGCGAGUCGCAACUAACUAAGUUCCAGCCUAAGCAACAGCAUGAAGAUAUUUGUGACGAUUCUCGUAGCCACUUUGGCGCUGGCCCGUGCCGACAUCAGCCUCACGCAGCAAGGCUACAACUACAGGCAGCAGCAGCAGCAGCAGCAGCAGCCGACUGUUGUGGCACAUUUGCUUAACCAGCAGUUGCAGCAGCAGCAACAGCAGCAGCAGUCACAGUCAUCCCAUCCAGUGCUGCCACCGCUGUCCGUGCCAUUGCCCUAUCUGCCGCCCUCUGGCCAGUACCAGCCGCAGCAGCAGCAACAGCAGCAGCGCCCCAUUGCUGCCGCAUUCCCCAUGCCCGCCAAUUUUCCAGUCAAUUUCCAGACAGCUCCACUGACCCAGACGCGUCGGUCGCGUCCACGUGUUCGCAUUCCCAAGAAGCCCAUUGUCACCAAGAACUUCUUCAUACACACGGCGCCCGAGGAGUCGGACGAUGAGAUUCAGGAUGAGCUGCAGCAGCUGAAUCAGCAGCCGCGCAAUCACUACAACGUCCUGUUCGUGAAGACGCCCGCUCAGACGAACCGCGCCGCUGCGCUCAAUCUGGCCAAGACCCUGAAGCAGGAGAAGACGGUGGUGUAUGUGCUGGCCAAGAAGACAACGGCCGCUGAUCUGCAGGAUGCCAUUGCCGAUGCGCCACAGCAUAUUAACAAGCCGGAGGUGUUCUUCAUUAAGUAUCGCACGCCCGAGGAGGCGCUCAAUGCCCAGCGUCAGAUUCAGACCCAAUACGAUGCGUUGGGCGGCAGCUCCACCAUUACCGACGAGGGCCUGGCGCCAAUUACCUCGGUCGUGGGCUCUCUGGACGCACCCGAGGAGGAGGAAGAGGAGCAGCAGCAACAGCAACAGGCCAUCGAGGGCAACGGCAAUCUCAACAUCAAUGCCCCAAUUAACAAUCAAUAUCUGCCCUCGAAUCAGUUCUAAAGUAUCUUCAUUGCUCAACCAGUGCGAAUCUUAGUUAGUUAGUCACAUUCCCCCAG